GUUUGUCUCCAUAGUGCGCAAUGGCCUGUUUCAACUGCAGAGCCACGCGCAGUAACUAACCACUUCGCUUCGGCCGAAUGUUGUUACAGUCGCCGUGGCAACGAGAAGCCACCCUUCAUCUCCUUGGGGGAGAAACCGACGUGAAGCAGGUCCAUAAGUCUGUAUCACAAUGCCCAAAAAGAAGGAGAAGGUGGAGAAGGUUCCGGAGGCAGAGGCUGUGCUGGAUCCUGAGGCAGAGCCACCUCCACCCCCAACAGAGACAGAGAGAGAGCUCCAGCUGCGGAGAGAGUAUGAGGAGCUGACAGACACCCUGAACGACCUGAAGAGAAGAGUGGAGCAACUACGCUGUGAGAACGACCUGCUCCAGAGCGAGGCUGAUAAAAUGCAUGUGGACAGCAGGGAGUACACGGCGUACGUUUCCAGCCGGACCCAGAAGCGCCAGAGCGCCAUCUCCACACUGGACGAGCAGAACCAGCUGGAGCUGCGGACGCUCCGCGACCAGAGGGAGCAGGAAGAGGAGAAACACUCGCAACAGGCUAACGACCUGAAGAGGCAGCUUCUGGAGAGGGAAAGUGAGCUGGUUUUGCUAAAGAGCGAGAUUGAUGAGAUUGGUGAGAUCAAGAAGCUGCAGAGGCAGCAGCUGGCUCGUAUAGCAGAGCUGCAGAGGGAGAUGGACGUGACCAACAGUCAGUACACAGGGUCCAUCCAGGCGCUCAGGGCACAGUUCUUCGCUGAGAAGCAGAAGUACGAGGCUCAGGCACGGGAGAAGGUCCACACCCUCGCCCUCGCAGCCAAUAAGGAGGCCACGCAGUGCCUGAUCUCGCACACGCAGCAGGUGUCACAGGAGAACCAGUGGCUGCGUAAGGAGCUGCAGCAGCUGAUCCAGCGGGCACAGGUGCUGCACGACCACCAGGAGCAGCUGCAGGCGCAGCGUCAGCAGCUGCUGCUGGAGCUGGACUACAUGCAGGACCUGCGGCAGCUGCGGCCCGCUCACACCGCGGAGGAGCGCUGCCAGCAGGAGGCCGCGUGCUCCCAGAGGGAGGCGCAGGACCCCUUCUCCCGCCCCGACCCCCUGGCAUUCGCCCGCAACCUCACCGCCAUUACACAGGGAGCAGAGCAGUAACCCAUUACAGCAUCACCACCAUUACACAGGGAGCAGAGCAGUAACCCAUUACAGCAUCACCACCAUUACACAGGGAGCAGAGCAGUAACCCAUUACAGCAUCACCACCAUUACAGCAUCACCACCAUUACAGCAUCCACCGCUAUUACACAGGGAGCAGAGCAGUAACCAAUUACAGCAUCACAACCAUUACACAGGGAGCAGAGCAGUAACCCAUUACAGCAUCACCACCAUUACACAACCCACACACACAACCUUCCCGCCAUUACACCUGUGCAGGAGCCGGAUAGCACAAGCAGUGGGCGGAGCUAAAUCCCAUCAGCAACUUCAAUUUACAGACAGUCAAAGGCUAACAAAUAAAACUUGUUUUGGUUUAACAGUUAA